AUGUCAAAGGAAAUGAAAAUUAACCCUGCUGAUGCAGGUUCUCGUGGUAUUCUCCCUAAAGAUAUUAUCAAUCAUGACUUAUGGUGGUCAGGACCGCAUUGGUUAAAAUCGGAUCCGUCAACCUGGGAAUCGAAUCUGCCUGAAUCAGACAACUUUGCCAAAACUCUUGGAAUCGAUUACAACUCGCAGCAAGAUCAAUUCCGAUUCUCGGUGUCCGACUUUCCCACUGAAGAAACUGAACUUACUAAACGUUUAAUAUUAUCAGAUUCGGCCAAGAUCUUCGAUCCUCUCGGUCUUGUGUCGUGUGUUACUAUCGUAGUAAAGAUCAUCUUCCAACGCCUGUGGGAACGAGGUAUUGAUUGGGACAGUCCGCUUCCUGCAGAUAUCGAAAGAGAUUGGAAAGAGUGGAGAAAUCAACUACCUGAACUUUCUUCACUGAGAAUCCCACGUUGUUAUGCUCCCAUCAAUUGUCAAAUUGUUGACAAACAGUUGAUUGGGUUCUCUGAUGCAAGCGAAAGAGCUUAUUCUGCCAUGGUCUAUUUAAGAAGUGUCGACACGGCCGGCGGUGUACACAUAUCUCUCGUAGAAGCCAAAACCAAGGUUGCUCCUAUAAAGAAAGUAUCGCUACCACGUCUUGAAUUGUGUGGUGCCCAUCUUCUAGCUCGUCUUGUAAAACAUCUCAAAGCUGUCCUUGAAAUUCCUACCAAAGAUAUCUAUGCUUUUACGGACAGUACCAUUGUAUUGUAUUGGAUAUAUGGAACCAACCAACGGCUGAACACCUUCGAAACAAAUAGAGUCUCUGAAAUCCAGGAAAGUUUACCUCCUGAGCGAUGGAAACAUGUCAAAGGAAAUGAAAAUUAACCCUGCUGAUGCAGGUUCUCGUGGUAUUCUCCCUAAAGAUAUUAUCAAUCAUGACUUAUGGUGGUCAGGACCGCAUUGGUUAAAAUCGGAUCCGUCAACCUGGGAAUCGAAAUUAGUUAUCCCUCCUCCCCUUGAAGCUGUGUUGACAUCUGGCAUCCGAGAAGAAGAUUUAAAGUUAAAGGAUAAAAAGGAAGUCUCAAUGCCGGUAAACACAACGAACAGUUUACCAAGGCCUGUAAUCGACAUCAAUCGAUACUCAAGCUUCAUUCGCUUAAUGAGAGUAACUGCGUUCAUUCGCCGUGUAGUCACCAAAAAAUACCUAUUUACGCCACUAACGGUUGAUGAAUUACACAAAGCUGAAACAUGGUGGUUCAAGAAAGUACAGUCUGAAAUGUUCUCUGAAGUCAUCGCUGUACUUAAGAAAGGAAAACAACUAUCCAAUAAACACUAUCUAAAACCCCUAAACCCAUUUCUCGACUCUGAGGGUUUGCUGAGAGUUGGUGGACGCCUUUCACAAUCACAACUAGAAUUUGACUCACGUCACCCUUUAAGAGGCAGCCCGUGUAAAAACCGACCACUCGAAUUUCUUAAGAUUACAGAUUUCCUUCAAACUUUCUGUGUGGAAGAAGUCAUUCAUAAAAUGAACAAAAAACGUUGACUUUGAAAUUGUAGUCAGUUUUAAAAAUUUUUUCGCAAUUAUUUUCGGACGCGUUCGAAAACAAGUUAAAACGUUAAUUACGCAAGUGAUAUUUGAGCUUUUUAUAUCUCACAGUUCAUCUCGCGCUUUUAUUCUAACUUCUUGAAACUUACAUAUUUUAUUAUUUCCUACCUAGGCAUAAACCUAAACUAAAAAUUAUCCUGAUCGCUUGAAGCAAACAAAAUAUUGUGUAUUUUUAAAAACGUCUUUCAGACAGCGGAUUAAAUAUUCGUGUUAGUAUGCUGGCGGUAAAUUAUUUUUUCUCAAAAGUGCAACGGUAUCAGGUAUCCAAUAUAUUGCAGCUACUGAGUAUUAUGACACAUCUACUAGAAUAAAUAAUAAAAUCUUUGGGCAGUGUGUUUUUCGCCUGACAAGCGCGUCAUGAAUAUAGUCAAUUUUCGCUAAUUCGACUAAUUAUAAGCUAUAAUUUGUUAAUGCAUUUACUUAAAUUUUUCGCGUUAAAAACAUACAAAAUUGUUCACUAUCUUUCAAAUAUGGCUGUUUUUUGGAUAGAGACUAAGUUAUAAAUAUGCCAGCAUUUAUGCUAGCUUUAUAACAUAGAGCAAAAGUCUUAACGCAUGUGCCGACUGAAAUUGACAUGCGCAUGCACGCGUUGCUAAUUUUAUCCGCUGGUAUUAUCUUUUUAUUAUUUAUCAGUGUAUGAAAGCACUGUAAACAUACUGAUCUUGGUAACUAAAACUAUAUGCACCGAUUUCCUCCGAAUGUACACAUCUAUCACAAGAGAAUAUUAGAAGAAAGUAUAUUAUACAAUUUAUUAGAGAGUAAUGUUUUUCGCGUGAAAAGCGGUUCAUAUAUAAUCCCCGUCAUCGCUUGAAGUCGGUCAACGCGUAAUUUCAAGUUUUUCUUCGCUUUCUUAACAGUAUAUUUAUAUCGUAAAAUCAUUACAAUCUUAACUCGUUGAAGUCGAUCCAAUAGAUAUAUGAAUCCCGAACGCCUAUGAGUGUACUACUAUACAUUUAUAUUGCUCUCAUGUGCAUAGAGAGACAAGGUACGAAAUUAGAAUCUAUAAACAAUCAACUUUAAUACAUGCAUCUAAUGCAUGGUUGGGUAUACAAAUACGUUUUGAUGUAAAAAACGAAUUUCUUUCUUGUCAGUGCUUUGAGCUAUUAGGCUAUAUUAAAACCGACGAAGCAUGUAGUAAGCGCAUAUAUUAAGUGAAACUUAUUCUCAAACAAGACUGCAUGUCGUAAUCUCUCUGAAAGGGCGAAGCAGUAACUAAAGGGUGUAUAUAUAGAGGCAUCUAACGGCAAGUGAUUUAACGAUCGCACGGAGGGGUUAUUAGAGACCUUACGAUUUUAGGACGGCAACGCGACGACGACGGCCAAAACAAACUCCCUCAAAUAAAUGGUAGUAUUAAAGCCCACUAUUUGUUGUAUAUUAGUUUCUCAUCCGGAGCUUCUCCUAAAGUGGAUGCGGGCUGGCGGGCCAAUACCAUUAUGCCAUUAUUUGCUGGAUUUCCCCUCCCCAUAAAAUUUAUUUUGGAAAAGUGCGCAUUAAGCAUUUAUAUAGCAACUUUCUGAAAAACAGCACAAAAUCAGUAAGUGCAACUGAAAGCAUGUUUUCAUAAUUUUGUACCCAGAACGUCUGGCGUUUUUCUCCCCUGCCCCUGGCUUCCGGUAGAACUUUUAUAGCUGAGUUUGGAUAUUUAAUAAGUGUGUACGUAAUGCGGGAAAAACUUGCAGUUUGGUUAUGAAAUUUUGUAUUUUAACUAACAUUUGGUUUGGGAACGUUUCUAAUUUCACUUUGAAGACAUCACAAAAUUUAUAAUAAUGGUCAAAAAUGGCAAUAAUAAUGGCGAACGAGGCCAUUUAAAGCAUGCGAGCGGGGAUGAGAAACUAAUAUACAGCAAAUAGUGGACUAAAGACAAUUCGUGGUAUAUUAGCAAUCGUAUGAAUUUAAUACAAUCGUAUGAAUUUAAUGGGUUUUAUGUUUGGGAAGAGUUCUGCUGAAGCCAGUUUGAAGUUGCACUUGUUGCGGCUUGAAGUGCAGCUGUUGUAUCAAGACGUGAAAAUCUGUGAUUUGGCGUUGUAAACAAAGCGAGGACAAUGUCUAAAUUAUUCAUAUAUUGCAAUUAUUGAAUUCUUUUUAAUUAUUUAUUGUAUUCGUAGCCGUUGCUGUCCUAAAUCGUAAGGUGUCUAUUUAAAAAUCGGGGAACCAUGCAAGGUAAGCAUGGUUAAACAUUUUUCGAGUAUGCGGACGUAUGUAUGCACAUGCAUGGUUUACGCUACUCAUACGUUUCUCUCACACGCAAUAGUGUGACAGGACCUUAACCGAGAUCAGCAUGUAAUUGCAGUUCUUAAAAAAAAACGGAAAAUAUUAAACAUGUAUAAAAUAUUUGUUUCAUUUUAUAGUGGCAAAAUAAAUCUGCACUAUGUCUAUGAUGAGAAAAAAGUGCUCCUUCAAGGCAUUCGUAUAAAUUGGCACACAUAUAUCCUUUCCCGCACUUUUCUUAUACAUUUUUGUUUAUAUAACCAUGCAUGUAGUAUUUAAUGAUACCCAUAAACGUAAAAUUUCAAGAAUAUAUAAUUGCUGGCAUAUUUAUAACUUACUCUCUAUCCCAAAAACAGCCAUAUUUGAAACAGUAAACAGUUUUGUAUGUUUUUAACGCGAAAUAUUUAAGUAAAUACAAAAAAAAAUUAUAGCUUACAAUUAGAGGAAUUAGCGAAAAUUGACUAUAUUCAUGACGCGCUUGUCAGGCGAAAAACACACUGCCCAAAGAUUUUAUUAUUUAUUCUAGUAGAUGUGUCAUAAUACUCAGUAGCUGCAAUAGCAUACUAACACGAAUAUUUAAUCCGCUGUCUGAAAGACGUUUUUAAAAACACACAAUAUUUUGUUUGCUUCAAGUGAUCAGCAUAAUUUUUAGUUUAGGUUUAUGCCUAGGCAGGAAAUAAUAAAAUAUGUAAGUUUCAAGAAGUUAGAAUAAAAGCGCGAGAUGAACUGUGAGAUAUAAAAAAGCUCAAAUAUCACUUGCGUAAUUAACGUUUUAACUUGUUUUCGAACGCGUCCGAAAAUAAUUGCGAAAAAAAUUGUAAAACUGACUACAAUUUCAAAGUCAACGUUUUUUGUUCAUUUUAUGAAUGACUUCUUCCACACAGAAAGUUUGAAGGAAAUCUGUAAUCUUAAGAAAUUCGAGUGGUCGGUUUUUACACGGACUGCCUCUUAAUAAUUAACUUAUGUAUUCGUAAACAUUUAUACUCAAUAGCAUAGUCGAUAUGUAAAAUGGUACAUUAUAUGGAUCAAACUGGAACAAAACAACAACUGAAGUUCUAAUUUUGGGAAAUUUAGUAGCAAAUAUAAUCCCUAAACAGCUCAUCGAUUUGUAUGUUAGCGCUAUUAAAAGUAGACAAUAUUGAACAGUGAUCUGAAGUUAUUAUGCAACUGACAACAAUAUUAUAUCUCAAAAUACCUGUAUAUGAUGAUAUUUUAGAAAUAUAUCAGGAUUUUUGGACCAAUUUUAAACUUAGCAAGGCAAAAAGUCUCCAUUCAAGAAUAUAUGUUCUUCUCAAAAGGUAAAAUACUUAGAAUACUUGAUUAAAUUGUUUACUUCGACGGUAUAUAAAUUAACAGUGUUUGCUUGCAAGACGUCAAAAACGGACGAUUUCAGCGCGCUGUUGUUUAUUGCGUAUUCAUUUGCCCAAAGAAGUAUUUACGUCAAUUGAAAGCUUGUUUAUUAAACAAUAAUAAUAAUUUAAUUCUUCAGUGCGCAUUUACAAAAAUUUCUCAAUGCUCAUUACAAUGGUAUUACUUAUUAAUACAGUAUAUAUUAGAUUAUAUAGUUAAAAAUUUGCGAAUACUAAGAACUAACUGUAAGCUUGGUUAAAAAGAAGAGUCUUAAGUUUGUUCUUAAAAAUAUCAACAAAUGUCUCUAGUCUCAAUUCAUCAGGCAGGCUAUUCCAAAACGCUGAUCCAGCCUUCCUAAAUGUUCUAUCGCCAUAUGUUUUCGUGAUUGUCCAUGGUUCUUGAAGCAAAUUUUUAGAAGCAGAUCUUAAACACCGCGAAGGCUGAUGUAUUUUCAGAAGGUUUUGAAGAUAGGAUGGAGCCAAAUUAUUUAAAGCUUUAAAUACUAUUAACCCAAGUUUAAAUGGGAUACAGCUUUCUAUAGGAAGCCAAUGAAGUUCUUUCAAAAUGGGAGUAAUAUGCUCUCUUUUAUUUGACCUUGACACAAUUCUAGCGGCUGUGUUUUGUACAAACAGCCAACUAGUAGAAGCAUGAUCGAUUUGGAGCUUUAUCCCAUAGUGAAAAUCGGUUUUGUUAAAGGGAUCGUAAAUGAAGUAAGAUAGUGGUGCUCCAAAACUACGAUUAUUUCUAUUCCUAAAAGUAACUCAGAUUUCUUGUAAGUCACGUACCCGGUCCUUUGAAUAACCGAAAACAAGAUUCUUAGGGUUUUAGAUCGAUUAUAAACGGUUGUCGUCGUGAAAUUUGUCUGUAAAAUCAGCGCAUAUUUUCCCAGACAAAAUGGCGAUUUAGGGUGGUCGUGUUAAAAUGGCAUUUUCUCAAAGUUAAAAAAGCAUUUGGCCUAAAAAAAUAUAUGGUGCAUUUUCCGAUAUAAUAAGGUAUAUCUGGGCAAAAUUUGAGCAAAAUCAAUUUUUCAGUCUUGGCCGCGAAAUAUCUCAUAUGUUCGAUUUUUACUGACAUUCACUCUUAAGUUUUAAACUAUUAAUAACAUUUAUAAGUUAUAAAAAUAAAUGGGCACUAGCAUUGAAAAAGAUGUUAUAUUGGGUCAUUCCAGAAAACAUCCAUACCACCCCCAUGGAAGAAAGGGAAGUUAACCCCCUACCCCCUUCGGAUGUCCUAAUACAUUUACUAUUAUCAGAAACAAUUUUUUCUCCCCUCCCCCUCCGGAUGGCAGAAAUUUUCUCCAUAGAUCUUUUCUGCAGUGCCGGAUUAACCAUAUGGUUAACCCCGCGCUUUUGGGGGCCCCGCGCUUCUCUCUUCUAUUUUUUUCUGAAUUUUUUUGUUUUCUGUUUUAGCGCGGGGUCCAAACAAUGCGCCAGAGGGGGGACCCAAAGAGCCUAAGUCCCCCCAGAAAACUCGAGGCCCCAAAAAAUCGACCCCAAACGUUUUCUUUUUGUUCCCUGUUUUAGUGUUUCAGCGUGGGGCCCCAAAGAGCCCAAGGUCCCCAGAAAACGUUAUAGGCCCUCAAAAUUUAAAAAUGGAGGCCCCAAAGUGCGGGGCCCCAAACGAUUUUUUGUUCCCUGUUUUAGCGCGGGAUCCAAGGCCCCCAAAGAGUUCAAGGCCCCCAAAAGCGAAACCCCAAACUAAAAAAAAACGCGAGGCCCCAAAGUUAAAAAAGGCGAGGCUCCAAAAGCAGGCCCGCAAUCACAAAAUUUUUUGUUCCUUUGGGCAACAGGCUCCAAAAAGCGAUCGCAAGGCCAGAAAUUCAUAGGGUUCAGAUAUAUACUCCCAUAUCGUUUAGCCCGACCCUAACUGCUAACUCCAAUCUCGGCUUAAAGUCGGCUAUAAUUUGAUUUGAACACGAGCUCAUAAUUUCUCUACUCCCCAAGGUAAACAAAUUGUCCACAGGGCAAAGACAUUGUUCAAAAACUAUAUAGCAUCAUCGUACACAGCCGAAAAAGUAUAGACCCAUGAUCGAGUAGACCAAGUGUAGAUAUAUCGCACCUUAAUAAGUGGCUACAUUAUAUAUCUAUAUGUCGAAUGCGCGUGUGUAAAUAGUAGGCAUGCCAGGAAGUUUUAGCUUCUAUAUUUCAGUGAAACUUUGUAUGUGCCUGAAUGGGUCAUGCGUCUGUUAAAGGCAGAUUGAAAAAAUGCGUUUCCUAUUGGAAACAAAUUGGGGCGUCCAAGUUUAUUAUACAUACUAUAGAAUCUGGUUAUAAGAUACCUUUUUUCGGGACACCUACACCUUAUGCAGGUACUAAUAAUUCCUCCACGCGAAAACACAUAUCGUUUGUGAACGAUGCCAUAACUGAACUUCUGUUGCAAAGAUGCAUAGAAGAGAUUGAAAAGCGUCCGCUUAUAAUUAAUCCUCUGUCAGUUUCUAUUCAAUCGUCAGGGAAGAAACGUUUAAUUUUUGACCUUAGUAGACCAGGCGGAGAAGGGGGGAAUAGUCCCCUGACGGGGAAAUUUAUGAAACCAAGUGAACUUGGUCAAUUUUGGGGUGCUGAAUUCGAAAAUCGUUGGUAUACAGGCCGUGGACGUGGCCUUCAGCCUCGUUUUCGCGUUUAAAGCCUCGUUUUAAUGCGAAAACGUUAUCUGCUUGAUUGAAGCGAAAACAAUGAAUAAUUUGUUUAAUAUACUCACUUUUAGGUAUUUUUAGGUGCAGAAUUCGAAAAUUAAUUGCAUUCGGACGAUAAACUGGGCCAUCUGCCUCGUUUCCGAGAUUUAUAGCCGCGUUUUUACACUUUGAAACCAUGUUUUCCGAUUUUAGUUACUAAUAUAUUUAAAUUACACUUUAUGCACGCAUGUUACCAGUACAAGGCAAUGUGUCAUACUUUAAUGCGUAAAACAGGCCAUUUUGUGUAGAAACAUGAAAUUUUUUAGCCCCGUACCGAGCUGACGUUUGGGCAUAUUUAAUUUUAAAAUUAGUACGUUCUCGUUGAUCUCUUGCAAUGUUGCAAAAUAUCCCAAAUUCGCGAUUUCUCUGUUUUAAUUGAUUAGUUUGAAUAAAAAAGCAUUUCGAUGCGGACAAUUUAUCUAUUUUUCUAGAUCUUAAGUGCUAUAAGGUUUUUAACGAUCGGUAAACAUAAAUAUCCGCGCGAAAAUGCUUGGUCUGAGCAAAAUAAUUAUUACUGAACAAAAUAAUUAUUGGCGGAAGUUGUCGAUUUCACGCUGUAAACAACAUUAAAAACAUAACAGAAUUCGAAAUGUUAUUGUUUCACAGUUCAUCGAAUUAGCAAUCAAGAGUCGUUUGAAUAGGUUUUAGAGAUGAUGUAGGAAGAAAUGGCCGAUUGUGUUGUUCACUAUGACUCACUGACACAUCUAGUGAUAAACUGAUUCGACCAAGUGCAAAUACAUUUGAAACUUUGCUCGAGUGUAAGAAAAUACGAGAGAGUCUGGGCGGUGAAAAUCAUCACAUUGAUCAAUGCAAUAAAAUUCCAGAGAAUUUGGGAGAAAUUGAGUACUUCUACCAUCGAAAAUGUUUUCAAAAGUUUGUAUAUGCCAAAACGUUAUUGAAACAGAAAACAAGCCAAGACAGCUGUCAAGGUUCCAAUAGCAAGCUUCAAAAAUUAACAAGAAAAACAUCACAAAGACAAAGUGAUGAAGCUACUGGCUCUAGAGGACUGUUCCCGAAUAUAUGUAUGAUUUGUAAGAAGAAGGAGUUAAGGGUUAAAAGUGUAUGCCAGUCACUAUCUAGGAUUGUCACCGAUACUGCAGAAAGAACACUAAAAGAAGCUGCAAUUGCUCACAAUGAUUUAGAAAUGAUGACAGCCGUCACCGAAACUGAUUUGAAAGCAAAAGAAUUUCAAAAACACGAAAAAUGCUAUCUUGACUAUACUAGAGUCGUCAGGAAAACAGCUGAAUCAACCGAAGGUGGAAAUGAUGACAAACAAUCAGGGGACUACAACGUAGUACUUUCUUUGGUAGACAGUGAUAUUAUAGGCGGUCAGCAAUGUUUGUCAAUGGAAACACUAAUGACAAGAUAUUGUGGUAAUAUUGGAACAAGGCAAAGCAGACACAAGCUGAAGGAACGCCUUACGAAGUCAUUUGGCGAUCAAAUAGUUUUUCUUCAAGCAGAAUAUCAUAUUUCGCAAGUGGUGAUAAGUAAAGAAUGUUUGCACAAUCAGAUGAUUUCGGGAAGUUCUACACGUAUUCAACAAUCCGCCUUAAAAAGGGAAGCAUC